GAAACCACCAUGGACCGCAAUGAGGACGCCUGGCUCGUGCAUGGAGGUGAUGUUUGGUUCGCGAGUUCUCGUGAACGACCGGAUGAGUGGAAAAACGGUUGGUUAGCAGGGCAAGUUCUCUGCGUUGCCGUGGAUAUUGAUGCAAAGGUAAUGAAGAUCGCAAUCAACGGCCACCACGAAACUCGCGCAUACAGGUUUGAUCCUAAGGGCCAGGCAGUCUACCCCAUUGUUGUUGCGGAGACUUCUUACAGAUUCCUCCUUCGCAAGCGCGACCUUCGAUUCGCUGAGCAGUUCCCAGACUACGAGCCAUGGCUGCCGGCAGAUCACAUCCUCAAUCCGGACCAGAAGAGGGUCGUGCGCUUCACCGACAUUCCUGUGGACGCUGCUGGAAGCUCCGACUUGGAAUUGAAGCUGAGUACCAGUGUCGACUCAACCACCUUCCAUGCCAGCACCAUGCUGGCAACGGCCUUCCGUGUUGGCUGCUCUUGGGACAUCAUUGAGAUACUGCAGCGGCAGGGAUGUCAUCCCAGCCUCUCCUCCUUGCUGGCGGCCUUGCGCUAUGUAAACGCAGGGACUAAGGGCCUGAUGUUGCACAACGGCCUGUCGAAGCACCCGCAGUUCUCCAAGCUUCUUCUGCGACCGGGGCAGGAGGAGCUUCAGCCAUGGGUCUUUGGCUCCUUUCUGAGAUACUUACAAAACAAUGAGCUGACGAACGAAGACGUGGCGGCAGUCUGCCAGAGGUUUGCUGAUUGCGGGGCUCCUAUCCAUGCCAUGUACGGGGACUACAUUCACGCACGAGACGUCAGCGUCCGUGCAAAGGGUGUCGUCCACCGCUUGGAUGGAUGCUACGUGCGGCAGGACAAUUAUGACACUGGCAGGCAGCUCUUCAGAAAUUUGUGCCAUACAGACCAAUGGAUGCUGUACGAUCCGGAUGAAAACCUGUGGAAGGUCGGUUUGACGCAGAAAUCCGUCGAAGGCAGUCUGCCCGGGGAGUGGCAUGCGGAAACUCCGAAUUUGGAGGAUGGAAAGCUCCGGGUGGUGGUUGAUGGAAAAGAUGUGGAAGAUCAGAAAGAUCCAGAUGCCACUCCGGACAGAGACCUCUCGCACUCGAAGUCCCAAAGGUUCGCGAAAACCCGGAAAACUGAUGACUCGGCUUUCAGGCAUUUCAAGCAAAAAUACCUAUCGGAUUGCUUCGGGGACCUGGCCGACCUCUUGAACGUUUCAGAGCCGCACAGGAAGGUCUUCCAGCAAGAGCUGACGAAGCAAGGGCACCCAGCUGCGGAUGUCGCGGCUGUUACUUUGCACGCUGCCAUUGAAAGUGCUGUGAAGGAGGUCGGAAAGGCAGAUGCAGAGGAGACUGGGGAUCAGCUGCGACAGCUCCGGGACGCCCAUGGUAUGUCUGGCGACUUAGCCGAUCUCUCUCUGGCCAUGGUACCCAUGUGA